AUGGCUGCGACACUUCCACUGUACUGGAAUCUAUCCGACCCAACAAAAGAGCAAAGAAUAGAUGCAUCUACAAAGCUGGUCGACGCUCUUCAGCAAUUUCAGCAAACCCACACCAUUCCAGACAUCUCGUUAACAGAGGCAGAAGCUUCAAAUGACGCUUUAGAUGCUCAAAACGCACAAGAUGUUGCGUAUGCGCUACGAAGAUUGAUAAGAGGGCUAGCAAGUCCCCGAGAAAGCAGUCGGCUUGGCUUUGCCGUAGUCUUGACCGAGCUUUUGCACCGGUUGGACACAGUUUCCGCCAAUCAAAUUGUAGAACUCAUCCUUUCCUCUUCGCAAACCACUGGGUCUAUGAAUGGUCAGGAGGAGCGAGAUAUGUUGUUCGCCCGACUUUUUGGACUUACUGCAGUCAUUGAAUCUGGGCUGAUUGCUCGUGAAACUGCGCCUGUCCACGCAAGUGGACCCGCAGCGACAAUACAAGACUAUCAGAGGAUCAUCAACGAACUCGUACAUCUGGGUAGCAAAAAGACUUGGCUUCGAGAAAGCUCCUGGUGGAGUAUUCUCCAAGCAGUAUCAGUCCUCUCGGCUUCAACAGUCUCGUUCAAAUCUCAGGCUCUAGACUGGACGUUUACCGAACUAUUCGUCCUCUUUAAAGGCAAGCACGUAUUAGCUCCCAGCAGUCUACAACAUCUAGCCUUGAUUCUCAAGGACACGGAAAUCGAGGACGAAGAAGGGAAUAAACAGGCCUCGACCGGUGUUUGGAAGCCACAUGCACAUUUUGUUUGGUCAAUUUUACUGGACUACUACUUUUCGGAUGAGUCAAAAAUACAUCCUGGCAUCAGCCCGUUUCAGGAUCUCUUCCGCGUUGUGGUUGAUGAGCAUAUGUUUUCUGCAACCUCCUCUUCUGAGCGAAAAUAUACAGCGUUCCAAGUGGUAGAUGUGGCGCUGAGGAAAGCUCCAACGUCUGUUACGCCACAUCUUUUCACCAAGAACUUCGUUCGAACUUGGAUCAAUCAAUUAGCAAAGAAGGACCGAAAUCUCCACAAGGCCGCUCUCAAAUUGGCGAGUAUCCUUACGCUACCUGCAUACCAAAUCUUAUAUAUCCCAGGCGUCGACGGUUCAACGAGUCGGCCAGACGGUAGUCGUGACUUUGAUCGCUUGACCAACACGAAGACGGUCGAAACAAUUCUGGGCCACAUGCAAGAAUCCCAGAUCCUUGAAUAUGUUGACUUCUUGAAAGCUAUAUUUCAAGGGAGCUCCGAGAGGGAUGAUAAGGCGCUUUUGGAAUCCGACCGCCAAUGGGUGGUUGAUCAAUAUGGCAUGUUGAUACGGAGUACCAUUGUACCCAAGAGCGAUGCAUGGGUCACCUCUAUUUUGGAGUUCCUGAUAAAGAAUGGCUUCUUCUAUUCACGGAAAGCACACAAGAAUAAGGAUGGAGCUGAACUGUCUGAUUCUGCGAGGAAUGCGUGUCGCCUCCAGCUGGGGCAAGCAUUGGCUGAUUUGUCGUCUCAGAGCGUUGCCCAAUACCGGGAGGCCAAGUCGUCCAAGUUCAACGGAAGAUCAGCGAGCGGCGAACUUUGGAAUUUGAUUGCCGUCAAGACAUUCAAAAAUUUGGGCAAGGAUAAGGAUCUACGCCCGGUGUUCGAUAUAGAAGAGAACGCCGUGCGGGCUAGGACGGAGUGUUGGUCGCUUCUGAAAUCCCUAGAACAGAUAAAAGGGCCCAAAGCCAGCCUUGCUCAUGGCGCUACCCUGCUCCUUUCGUGCCUUCUUCUACAAACAUAUGCACCAGUGUCGGAUGACUCAGAAGGGGAUCCUGUCGAAGCUCUUGAAGACUCGGUUGCAAAUGUCACUAAUCUGACCAGGCCGUUUUUGGAGUCGAAAAAGAAGGGUUCCAAAACCAAUGGAGCUACCAACUCAAAGAUGGAAGGGGAUUCGGAAAAACCCAUUGAUCUCAUCGUAGACGAACUGAUUGGGUAUUUGGAGAAACCGGGCUCAUUGAUGCGAACUGCGGCACCGCUGGUCUUCGCUGAUCUCUGUUCUGAGGUCGAGGAUUCUACAUUGGAUCUUAUUCUCAUGCAAUUGGAGCAACGAAAUGUGCUCCCUGAUCAAGACGAAGCUGCGGAGAUGGACACUGAAGACGGAACCGAGCAAGAUGAGGAAGACAACGAGCAAGUGGCCGACGGUUCAGAAGACAGUGCUAGCGACGAUGAGUCGAAUUCCUCUCCUGAGGAAUCUGACACGGAGGAUGCGGACAUGGAAGACGUGGACCCCGAAUUACGACAGAAAAUUGCACAAGCACUUGGAGAACUCGCUGACGACGCCGAAUCGGACUCCUCAGAUGGCUCCUCAGUCACCGCACUGGAUGACGAUCAGAUGAUGCAACUAGACGAGAAGUUGGCAGACGUAUUUCGCUCGCAAUCUCUUGGAAAUAAGGCGAAGAUAGCGGCAGGUCUUCAACGUGAAGCGACACACUUCAAGAUCCGGGUCCUCGAUUUUCUCGAGAUUCUCAUCCGCAAAUACCCCGAAAGUCCCCAAAUUCCUCGUAUGAUCCUUCCACUUAUACGCGUGGUCAUGGGAGCAAGCACGGACGAACAGCAGUUGAUCGAAAAGGCCAAUGCUAUAAUACGAAGACGAAUUGGAGUCCUCCAAACUCUACCGAAGGAUGCAGAGAUAGAGAAGAUAGAGGAGGACCUGGAAGAAGUUCACAAGAUUGCGAGAAAGGCAUCUCAUCAACAGAUCUCCCCAGCGACGUUGACGUUUGCCAACGUCUAUAUGUGCAAGAUUCUGGUCCAUGCUGGUCGCAUAGAGGUGGCUGCGAGAAUCCAUGCGGAGAGUUUGGACGACUUUAUGCAUCGAAAAAGCUCGCAAAUCUACCACACUUUUUUUGCAGAUACAAUUAAGAGAGUCCCAGCUGUAGCGUGGGCCAUACGACGGCCGCUCAUCCAGGCAUCGGCAGACGAACAGUCUGUCAAUCUUUACCGCCAAAUGCAAGCAGUUCAUUGGCUGGAUGCCUUCCUUCCACUCGUUUUGCAAACGGUUGGUGGUGAUGUAGAAGAUGUUUUACCGACAAUGCAAUUGAUUCGCGAAGCAACCUACAAAUCUCUUUUUGCCGCCAUUUCUGGCCAACGUCUGUUGAGCGUAGCUCAAGCGAAAAAUGUUGUCAAGAAUGCGCUACAAGCCAUUCGAAUCACGUCACAAGUUGACGCAUCAUCCACCCCUCGUAUCUGGGAUACAGUUCAAUUUGAGCGGCUCUUUGCGGCGCUUUCAGGCUUUCCCAAGCUCAGCAAGGGAGGGGGGUUGAUGGCACUCAUGCAGCAAAUGGCCCGCAAGCUGGGCGUCGAAAAGGUCGAUCAUCGCGGAAACGCAACUAUCAAGGAGCGAAAGCGCAAGAAAAGAGAGGAGCGAGAACAAGCUCAACAAGGCCCGAGGAAGAAAAAGAAAAAGGAGCAAAAGUAG